AGCUCAACCCCGACGUGAACGUGUUCCAGCGUAAAUUCGUUAACGAAGUCAGGAGGUGUGAAGAAAUGGACCGCAAGCUCAGGUUUGUUGAGAAGGAGAUUAAAAAAGCAAAUAUUCCUAUCAUGGACACCGGUGAAAACCCGGAGGUGCCUUUUCCACGUGACAUGAUUGACUUGGAGGCAAACUUUGAGAAAAUUGAAAAUGAGCUUAAAGAAAUCAACACAAACCAGGAAGCUCUGAAGAGAAACUUCUUGGAGCUGACAGAAUUAAAAUUUAUACUGCGUAAAACUCAGCAAUUUUUUGAUGAGGCUGAAUUGCAUCAUCAGCAGAUGGCGGAUCCAGACCUGUUGGAGGAAUCCUCUUCACUCCUGGAACCAAGCGAGAUGGGAAGAGGUGCCCCACUACGACUUGGUUUUGUGGCUGGUGUGAUCAACCGUGAGCGGAUCCCCAUGUUUGAGCGCAUGCUAUGGCGAGUGUGCCGAGGGAAUGUAUUCCUGCGUCAAGCAGAAAUUGAAAACCCCCUGGAGGAUCCUGUAACGGGGGAUUAUGUGCACAAGUCUGUGUUUAUCAUCUUUUUCCAAGGCGACCAGCUGAAGAACAGAGUCAAGAAGAUAUGUGAAGGAUUCCGUGCCUCCCUCUACCCAUGCCCAGAAACACCACAGGAGCGGAAAGAAAUGGCUUCUGGUGUCAAUACCAGAAUUGAUGAUCUUCAGAUGGUGCUGAACCAAACAGAGGAUCAUCGCCAAAGGGUUUUGCAGGCAGCCGCUAAAAAUAUCCGUGUCUGGUUCAUCAAAGUACGCAAGAUGAAGGCUAUCUACCAUACCCUGAAUUUGUGCAAUAUCGAUGUGACACAGAAGUGCUUGAUUGCUGAAGUCUGGUGUCCUGUUGCCGACCUCGAUUCUAUCCAGUUUGCUCUCAGGAGAGGCACUGAGCACAGCGGAUCCACUGUCCCAUCUAUUUUAAACAGGAUGCAAACCAAUCAGACCCCACCAACAUACAACAAAACUAACAAGUUUACUUCUGGCUUUCAAAACAUUGUUGAUGCUUAUGGCAUUGGAACAUAUCGGGAAAUAAAUCCAGCACCCUAUACGAUCAUUACCUUCCCGUUUUUGUUUGCUGUGAUGUUUGGAGAUUUUGGCCAUGGAAUACUGAUGACUCUGAUUGCUGUCUGGAUGGUGCUUAGGGAAAGUCGUAUUCUGUCACAGAAGAGUGACAAUGAGAUGUUCAACAUGGUUUUUAGUGGUCGAUACAUCAUACUGCUGAUGGGACUGUUCUCCACUUACACAGGCCUCAUCUACAAUGACUGCUUCUCCAAGUCUCUUAAUAUGUUCGGUUCAUCAUGGAGCGUGCGGCCGAUGUUCUCAAAAGGCAAUUGGUCAGAUGCCUUGCUAGAGAAUACUCCUCUGCUUCAGCUGAACCCUGCUAUUCCAGGGGUGUUUGGUGGUCCUUAUCCCUUUGGCAUUGACCCGAUUUGGAAUAUUGCCAGCAAUAAGCUGGCCUUCCUCAAUUCGUUUAAGAUGAAAAUGUCUGUGAUUCUUGGCAUUAUCCACAUGCUCUUUGGUGUCACAUUGAGUCUUCUCAACCAUAUCUAUUUUAAGAAGCCACUGAACAUAUACCUUGGAUUUAUUCCAGAAAUUAUUUUCAUGUCAUCACUGUUUGGAUACCUUGUUAUUCUCAUUUUCUACAAAUGGACAGCCUAUGAUGCUCACACAUCAAAGGAUGCACCAAGCCUUUUAAUACAUUUUAUCAAUAUGUUUCUGUUCUCCUAUAGUGAUACCAGUAAUAAGAUGCUAUAUAAAGGGCAGCAAGGGCUCCAAUGUUUCCUUGUGGUGGUGGCGUUACUGUGUGUGCCAUGGAUGCUGGUAGCUAAACCCUUGGUCCUUCGCCAUCAGUAUUUAAGGAGAAAGCACUUGGGAACGCACAACUUUGGUGGGAUCCGGGUGGGCAAUGGACCAACUGAGGAGGAUGCUGAGAUCAUUCAACAUGACCAGCUAUCUACCCAUUCCGAGGAGGGGGAAGAGUUUGACUUCGGUGAUACUGUGGUGUACCAGGCUAUCCACACCAUUGAAUAUUGUCUGGGGUGCAUUUCAAACACUGCAUCCUACUUGAGGCUCUGGGCUCUCAGCUUAGCCCAUGCACAGCUCUCGGAGGUGCUCUGGACCAUGGUGAUCCACAUUGGCCUCAGCGUGAGGAGUCUGGGUGGAGGCUUUGGCCUCUUCUUCAUAUUUGCUGCUUUUGCUACCCUGACAGUAGCAAUUCUCCUGGUCAUGGAGGGGCUGUCUGCUUUCCUCCAUGCUCUUCGCUUGCACUGGAUUGAGUUCCAGAACAAGUUCUACACUGGCACUGGAUUCAAGUUUCUCCCUUUCUCCUUUGAUACCAUCCGUGAGGGGAGGUUUGACGAUUAAAGAUCCCUCCGCUCAAGCAGUGUUAAACGUCGUGUGUUUAUGGUUAGCCCUCUCCUGCGUGUCUGAGUUGCAUGUAAUUCUCCCAUAGUGAAAAUAAGUUAUUGCAGCACCCUCGAGUGUUACUGUGGCGUUUCGAAGCCAAGAGCUUUGACAUUCUUGGGUAAUGAGUGACACUGGAUCAAAGAAACUUUUCGUUCCUUAAGUUUACCACUGAAGAUACCACGUGCAUGAAGUGUCAGAGUUUGGUGUAUAAUAGUGUACUUCUUGUGUUGUGAAUUCCCUGGCAGGCUUAUCAGGGCAGCAUGAGAGAAAUGCAGCUAUGGCUGAGUGGGCAUACAAGCACAUGGAGAAAAGGUCUAACAACUUCAGCUUGCACAAAGCUUGCUGCUCGGGAAGAGAUUUUUUUAAAGAAAGUUUUACAUGUGGAUCCUACGUGUCUCUGCCUCUGAUUAAACAAAUUAUGAGCAGUGGGCAGUUGACAAUCCAGGGCAUGUUUCUUCUACCUCUAGGGAUUCCACAUGUGCCACCUUUUAAUCUGACAAAAACAAUGUCUCAUUCCGUGCAGGGAUUCAGCUCUUUGAACUCUGGCUGGGGCUUGGGGAGUUGAUAUGAAGGGGUAGAACUCAGCCUCAGCUAAGUGUAUGGUGGCUCUCAGUUUGCUCUAGCGAUGGGGAAAUACCUUGUCCUUGCAAGAGACCUUGUCUUCCCUGGAGAAGAGAUGCUUCUUUAACUGCACCUGCACACUUGUAUCCCAGGCAAAGCCCUAUGUCUAGCAGCAAAGGCCCGUUCCACCUCUUGUUUCUGGAGGCAGUGGUGGGAACAGGGGGGUCAGGCGCAGCAGGCUCGGCUGCCUUGCUGUGGCCUGGGGUGAGAUGGAGGAGGGACAAGGUGCAGUGCAAACUGUCAUCUCAGGUAUUGACCACUGGCAAUGGAACUUCCUGCAUUUCUUGUUUAAAGACGAAGCCCUCAGGCUGCAAAGCCCUAGAGGUGCAUCCAGAUAAUGCCCGUGCAGACUUGGCAUCGGUAGAGACAGCUUUUGCAAAGGUGGAGGUACUAGUGACAUAUGUUGUCAUGUAUGCUCGGGGUCUUGGGAGCCCUUUAAGGGAGAACUGAGGCCGAGUCUUGCCAAAAUAGUCCCAUGGCAGGGGAGUCUCAGUGGUGUUUCCCUGCACUAGCUGUUCGUUUUCUCCAGUACCAGGUGUGAAUAAUUUCUUGCCCUCCUCAACUUGAUGUAGCUGUAGGAGCAGUGGGGUGUGGGUAUGUGUUAGUGCUGUGUGUAACUGUCAUGUUUAAUUCUCAUAGUGGAUCUGAAGUAUUUGUGUAUGAACAGAUUAGAACAAUAAUGAGAAUCAUUGUAACCUGGAAUUGAGGAGGCAAUGCCACACAGUGCAGGGCUGUUUAAAAUUAUGUGACAAAGGUGCGUGUGCACUGCACACUGUAACGGGUGUGUGCACGGAGCACAGGGAUCCUUGUGCUGCGCGUGGGCAGCUUCUGGGUAAUCGUGGUGUUUACAGGUAUGCUCAGCUGUAUGUUUACAAUGGUGUUUGCAGACAAAAGAUGAAGUCAAAAUGUGUCUACGCGUGGAGCAGUGACACCAGUCCUGCUGCCGGGGUGAAAUGCAUUGCAGUCACUGUAA